GAUUCCAUCGUCUAUGUCAUUGAUAAAGAUCUUGAAGAGCAUCGGUCCCAAGACCCUGACUUUCCAGCCUGGCCUCUGCUCAGUUCUGUAACUACAGACCUGCGUAGCCAUUGCUGGACCUGAUCCUGAUGGGAAAAUGGACCUAUCUGCUAGACCCUAGACCUUUCUUGCUACCAUGAUGUUGUUUUGUGAGUGGACCCGACCAUCGUUUCUGUGUCUGCCCUGCUCCCCAGCUUGACAACUGUGGGACAGUUGCUGGCUGAUGAGGACUUGACCUCCUAUACUUGUGAUAUAUUCUUAUUAUUUUGCACCUCAGCUCUCAGGUCAUCUUCUGCUAAGGAACAGGCACAGCCCACACUGCUCCUUGAUGCUUAUUUUUCAUAGUGACUUACAGUGAGUGAUUGUUAGAAAAGAGAAGUACUUCGUUCUGUGAAAAUGUUGUCAUAUCCUAGCAGGAUUCUGCAUCAAAUGCUUCAGAGAAAAUAAAUAUUCUUCUUAACAGAUUUUUAUGAUGCAUUUGGCAAAGUAUUUAGCGUUUUACACAGAAAAAGGAGUUUGUAGAUACUCCAUGCUGCACAAUUAUACAUGCACAAUCAUACAAUACUCAAAGGGAAAAACUGGAUUGAGAUACAUCACCAUAACUCUAAAGAACAACAUUUCUUCAGAAAUUAGUAGCAUUAGAAUGAGAGAUUACCAUGCAUUUUUACAAUUCUACACAAUCCACAAUUCUGAUUCCAUAAACAGAGGAGAGAGACAAUUCUGGGAAAAGGUUCAUGUUGGAGAUUAGUAGUUUAAGAGGCAGCAGUUAACAGUUUAUAGGAUGUGGAGUAGCCUUCUCGGGGUUCCCCUGGCAAAGGAACCUCCUGAAACCCACUUGUGCCUUGGGAUCUGUCGCUGCGGUUCUGGCCGGGAUGACUCUGAAGCAGCUAACCUUGGUGAUUAAGAAUACACUUCUCUAGACAACACUCCCUACCUAGAUACACAGGUAAACAGUACUGGAUAUGCCAGUAAAAGACAAACUGCCGUUUAGUGCAAAUUUCAGAAUCUGGAGAGAGAAGCUGCAAGCCCUUCCAUAGCAGCUCACCAGAAAACAACAUUUUGCAAAGACAGUGACAUGUAGGGGGCAUAUGUGUGUCAUGCUCUGUAAUUCUUGACCAAAUCCAUAGGCAUUUUGUGCUUUUUAUGUUAUUUUCCAUAAUCCUGUAACAGCCAACAUGCAGGUCUAAAAGCCACUUGUGUCACUGUGAAAUUUCUAUUAAGUUUCUUGUGUAUGUUUGUAUUCUAUGCAAGUUCAGUUUAUUGUUGAGCAUCAGCUGUCAUGAAGACGUUAACUACAUUUCCAUCUUUAGGUAAGUUCAUUAUCAUUUUUUAAGUUUCCAUCCUUUAAGUUUAUUUUCACCUCUUUCCCCGGAAGAGGAGAAAUAGGGCUGAAAGAACGAUGGAGCAAGGGGUAUUGAAGGGACAUCUGUGUCAGAGAGGCACAGUCAUGUUUGGGGUAGACAAAUGGGUUAGUCAGCCUCUGACAUGUAAAAAGGUCUACUAGGGCAAAGGAAUGGAUAACAGUAAAGAACAUUAAAAAAAAAAAAAACUUUAGGUUGCAUUUCUAUGUUUAAAAAACAUGUCAGCCAGAAAAUCUUUGUUUUUGGAAAACUGAGCAGUUUGAUGAGUCCAAAACUUCAAUAAAGAUGAUAAAAAUCAGCCUGCUUUCAUUCCUUGAAACAGAAUGCAUUUCCCAACCACUCCUGGCAUGACACUGACUUGUGCCAGCUGUGAAAAUGGCCAAUGAUCAACAGGGGCCAGGUGCAGGAUCAGUGUCCCAGCAGCUGAUGAACCUCUGCAUCCAGGGCACUGUAUGUCACACAGGGUGAGAAGGCAACACAAAGAAAUACUGUGGCUGCAGAGAGAUGCAAAUAUAUCUGAAAAGCCAUUCUGUGAUUUAAAAUCUGGAUUAGGAUAGCAUUCAAGACACAUAUUUUCCAUGUCUCCUUCCAACCUAAUCAUUCUUUGCAUAUGUGCUAUCAAUUUCCAUUUUCUCAGUAGAAAAAUUAUUAUAUACUGCUAUUUAUCUUGUUGCUGCUCACAAAGUUGGACCUUCAUGUUGCUUUGAAAGAGUCCAGAACUGUAUAUUAGUCUUACAGUAGCUUGUGAACCCUUUCUACUUUUCUUGCCUUAGAAGUACUGGAUAAUGCUUGGUUCAAUCAUGGGUUUCAUCAAUUACUUCUCAGGUUUUCAGAUUCAGAAAUGAUUCAAAAUCUCCACAGUAAAUGUUUCUUAAAGCUGGUUUUAGUUUCAAAGCAGUUCCACUAAAAAUAAAUCUAAAGUGCUAAAGAGCAACAAGUGCAACAAUUCUGAAGCAAUUCUAACCAUAUCAUUCACAUGCUAUGUCAUCACUGCUGCACAACACAAAGGCCCUUGGCUGAUGAUGAGAUUGUCUGCAUAUUUUGUCUUUUGCUGGUUUCAGUGCUUCCCCUCUCCCUCUUUGCAUUUUUUACUCUUAAUUUCUUUGGCCUAAACAUUUCCAUCUCUUCUUCCAUACUGUAGAAUUAACAGAGUGAAAUGUGUGAACCCAAGAGACUGAAGUAAGUUCAAAACUAUGUUAGAGCACAAUUUAUUAUCUAUUCUCCUUUUCUUUCUAACUAUGGAAAAUUAUCCUAAUAUUUUAUUUGAAACUGUCAAUAAAUGCAGUGGCAUAAAUUUAUGUAACGAGUGUCAUAGAAACACUGAAAGACAUAGAUGUAAAGGGGCCUCUGGAAGUUUCUAGUGUAGUACAAGAUUACAAUAGGGUAAACUACCAAGAUGGAUCAGGUCACUCAGGAUCUUGCUGUAGUGCUUUAUCACUCUCACGGGAAGAAUUUUUAAUUUCUUUCCAACUAAAAUUUUUGCAACUUGUGACUGUAGUAUAUUUUACCCUAGAAGACUGAUAAUCCAACUGGAUUUUAAUGUAUAUUUUCUGUAUAGAAGCUGUAUGUUAUGGAUGAGUGUUAGAGCAGACCAUUUGAAAAAAAUACUUUUCAUGGACAUUAUUAUUUAUUAUUUAUUAUUUUUCUGCUCGAUUCCUUGAUGACCCCCCCCCCCCACACACACACUACUACUGCUUACUUUAAACGCUUGCCUCUCACACACUCCUGUGCUGGGGAUCACCCCCAAAUCCUAAUCAAUUAUUCUCAUUUCUCUCACUCUAGGUCAAGUCCAUCCCUUCAUCUACCUACCUCCAAGGAUAUUCGCUGAUCUAUGGGAUUAGUUGUAUCUGAGUGCUGACUUGAACUUCAGAAGCAGGUCUCUGUAUGAGGAAGGGUCUUCGCAUCCCCAAAUGAAUAGGUACCAGAGCAUGGGAGACUCCAUUUCAACAAAUGGAAGCAUCUUUUUGGAAAUGGUUGAUUUCAGCAGCUCUCAUUGCACAUUGUGGUCAUUCUCUAUUCCGCAGUACCUAAGAAAAUUCAGACUCUUUGAAAUAACAGAAACACUUGCUGUUCAGAAAACACAACCUUUUAGGGACUGGUUCUGCUUUGACUGGGAUUUCAGAUAGAGGAGGAAUGAGGCCUUUCAUUUCAGUCAGUUGGAGAAGAACAGCACAAACAACAUCACAGAUGUCCAUCUGGGAUGUUUACAAGCAGGGAAGUCAGAUUUCUUAUCAGUUUUGUCCUCAGAAUAUAAUGGAAAUAUUUGGGCUUUCUGCUUUUACCUAUCUAUGUUGCAUUACAUUUUGAAAGCCCAUAAUCUCUAAAACCAAUGGUAAAAAUCUACUUCCCUUUGGGAAUUGUGAAUCAGAGCUGAAAGUUUAUACCAAUCUUCUGUCUAUCUGGAAAAAAAAAAAAAAGAGCCAAGAAACCAAAACAGGCACUUGUCAAAAAAAACUUAUAUUCUGCACCAUGCAGAGAGAGGCAUCAAAGAAGCUAUUCUAGUGUUGCAGGUAUACAUGACUUUGUACUUCUGAGACUGGAUGCAGUUUGGAAAUGGAUUUCCAAAAUGUCUGCUAUGUAGAGAAAAAGUGAGGGGAAAAAUACAGAAGACCCAAGAUGAUUUAUUUGACACAGACAAACAAGGGAAAGUGGGAAGCACAAAGGAGUAUCAAGUUUCAUGUACCGAACAGCCACUAAGAGCUGAGAACUAUGCCACACACCAGUCCCUACAGCUGCCUGGAGUACAUGCUGCUUGUGCUCUGUAUCCUGAAGUCUACGGUCGCCUUCCCCAACUCCUCUCCGCUGCUGAAUCCCAGCUUGGGGAAUGGAGAUCACCUGAUGCACUUGUACACUUCCACAGAGAGGAACAGCUUCCAUCUCCAAAUCAGUGCUGAUGGCCACAUCAGUGGUGUUCCUCAUCAAACCAUUUACAGUGCCCUAAUGAUCAAAUCUGAGGGUGCUGGCUGUGUAAUAAUCACAGGUGUGAAGAGUGGACGCUACCUAUGCAUGGACAUGAAAGGAGACAUUUUUGGAUCGCGUUAUUUCAGUCAAGAGGACUGCGUGUUCAACCAAAGGACACUGGAAAAUGGAUAUGAUGUGUACCAAUCUCCCAAGCACAAUUUUCUAGUUAGCUUAGGCAGAAUUAAGCAAGUUUUCUUCCCUGGUAUGAAUCCACCACCAUACUCCCAAUUUUUGUCCAGGAGAAAUGAAAUCCCUUUGUUUCGAUUCAACACAGCUGAACCCCACAGAAACACUAGAAGUGCAGAUAUCGAUCCAAUGGAUCCUCACCAGAUCCUGGUCCCACAGAGAAAGGUCUCUGGAUUAGGGUCUCACCUGCAGCUGCAAAUGGAAUUUUCCCAUGUGCCCCGAGAACCCAUGAGAGUCAAUCAGAAUGAUGUGGUCAACCCAGAUGACCCACAUGCUAUGAUGGAUGCCAGGAGGUAUGCUAGUCCUCGCUUUCACAUUACAAGAUAACUGCAUCCACAUGCAAAUUGAUUAUGUGGGUGAAUAUAAUAGAUAAAAGUGCCUAAAACACUCAACCUGAUUUCUAACCCUCAAGGUGGCUGUUAGAAACUUGAAAGACAUUGGAAAAAAUCUUUUAUUUCAAAUGUUGUCCAUAUACAUGACAGUUUACUGAAAAAAAGUGUUGCACUCUGCUUUACUGGAAAGAAGGUCCAUUUUCAAAAAGAAUAAUAGAAACCAAAUAUUUUAGGGUCUGAAUUACCUUUAAUAUGCAUAAGUGAAAAGCAGAAUUCACUUGAAUGUAAUGAGGAACUAAUGUUAUGUUACUGAUGUAUCUGGGAGGAGACUUGAGCCCUGGAGCAUUUGAAACUCCAGCAGAGGCAGAGAAUUUUCUUACUAGCUCACUUGCAAGCACAGCAGACUAACUGACCAACAGUGUGUUAUAUUAUCAUAUAAAACUCACUAUAUAUAUAUUUUAGCUGUUGCGAUUGGAGCUUCAGUCUAUUUGAUGCCCAUAGGAGUCAAAAAGUGACCACUCUGGAGUCAAAAAAGCAGUGCACAUGGAAAAAUGGAGUAGCUGACAGGGAUCAAAUGGUCUUGUGUAGACAGUCAUUUCUGACACCUAUUGAAUCCAAGCUGAGGUUUGGAAAAAGAAAAGUUGAGUCUCACCAUUCUCUCAAGUCCUCCAUCACACCUCUCUACUCACCUAAUUAUAACACAAUAUGGAAAUAUAAUAUAGAAACAUUCAUUAGUUUUGCAUGUUUCUAACCCAAAUAGAAGUACCAGGAUUAGUAGUAUGCCAAAUAGGUUAGUUUAUUUUGCACAGUGCUGAAUUCUCCAAGAGAAAAAAAUCUCCCCAAAUUAUGCCUCAUAGGAAAUUAUUAAUGGCUAAUGCAGACUCUCAUCUAAUGAGUGAAAAAAUUAGGUGUGUAUUUAGAAAAGGAACAUCUAAGUUUGACAUCAAAGUUUUUAUCUAAUUCUGAGCAGAUAUCAGACACUUAAUGUCUGUAAGAGUGAAAUGACUUUAAUAUUAUCAGAUCUUUAAAUGCUGACAAAAUCUAGGCAUCUAGAUUGACAUAUGUCAUAAGUUAGUUACCAAAAUGUAACCUCCAUGUAUACAUUUGAAGUUUACCAAUCUUUAGCUAAAAUAUUUGCAGAGUAGAGUUGUAAUUGUAAUUUUAGUGAAAAAUUGUUACAUUCAGUUUAGCUUCACUGGUUUUAAUGGAGCAACGUAAGGGAUUCUGAAUAUUGUAUACAUACUUAGCAUUUUUUCUCCUUUAUUUCAUCUGCUUGUAGUCAUAUAUUCCUGGAACUUUAAAUAUGUGUGACUCUGAAAAAGUUCUUGAUGUACUCCAGCAGAAAUCAGUAGCAUCAGGAAUCAACAGCUGGAGAGAAUUCCAGCAUGGCAGAUACGUGAGAACAUCUUUGAAAUUUUGGUGUGUGUGCACUUUCGUUCAAGGUGCAGAUUCUUCCAUUUUGUUUAUUUAGCAUAUUUAACAGCCUGACAUGAGUCUGAAUAUGAUGUGUUUCAUCCGACCUUUUUCAUAGAAAUAACUCAUGAGAUGUCAGGCUAGAUUCUAGUCUUCCUCUUCCUACUAUUUAGUGAACUAAUUCACUGAAGCCACUGAAGUUGGAGUUGUAUUAUAAGAUCAAAAGUAAGGCCCACUGUGUUAUUUUAAUGGAAAUUUUCCAAGAUUCAGUGCACGGUCAGUCCUGCUGACAGCAUUUUAAAUAAUCUACACAUACGUAUAUAAACAUAUACACAUAAAAUAUCUUUUCAUCUACAACCUCCACGUAGUUACGUUAGAAUAACCAUUUGGUCUGAUUCUGCUGCUACAAAGGUUUUGCCACAUAGUGCAAUUCUUAAUUCGUAUAGGAUUAGGAUUGGAACAAGUAUUAUGUCUAACAAACUAUUAUUUAUUAUCAUCAUGUUUAUAAUUAGUUUUCAAAGGAAAGAAUUUAUUCUAAUGGAUCGGAGACUUGCAGGUCAGGGGGAUAGCUAUGUGUUUUCUUGCUUAUUCAAAAUACCACAAGAAUUUUUACCUUGUUGUCUAUACAGUGGGAAGACAUGAUUUUAUGUUCUAAUUUAAUAAUUUUACUUAACUCCUUUACCAUUGUUGGCUUUCUCUCCUUGAGAUCUUUCUACUGCAGUUACAUAAUUUUUUCUGUGCUCCACAGAGUUCUCUAGGAUGCAAAGUCAACAGGCAUACAACAGUUUGAAUCAUGAAAAGUUCUGUCUCAAUCCAUAUCAAGCUUUGAUGACAAAAAUCUAUGAGGUUAAAACGCUAUACUAUAUCUACAUACGUGCGUUAGAAGAAGGUAUGAAGUGUUGCUCAGAGAUUUAAUCCUUAUGCUUUGAGUGAAUGCACAGUAAAUUUUGCAUCAAAAACAUAUUUGUAAUUAUAAAGAACAUUAUCAAAGUGUCAAUUAUUUUUUCAAUGGAGAUGCUGGCCAUCACCAGCUAGAUAGAAAGCAUAAUUUUUUAAAUAUUGCAAUAUUUAUUUAUUUAUUUGAGUGGGUUUUAAGUCCCACAGAAUAUUUAUAAAUAUUUAUAACAUGAAUUGUGGUGACUAUUAUAGUGACUAUUAAAAUAAAAGUACCAAUAAAUAUUUCCUUCUCUAGAAAUGGUGGAUUUUGUGUUGCUCAUUUGGGCCCACUGUUCCAGAAUAACUUGCAUGAACAAGCAGUACUACUUGUGUUUGAUUAUGUGUGUCCUACUAUCCUCUGUGAUUCUCAGCUUUAAAAAUUGUGGAUUCCUGGCUGUUUCAUGCACCAAACCUAUGAAAACUGUGUGAAAGGUGAUGAGAAAAACAAAGCCUUAGUAGGUCUAAACAGACUUUGAAGAGAUUGUCACCUCUGCUGGGAUCUGCUUCUUCAACAAAAUAGCAACAGAAAGCUACUGGUCUAGCAGUUCAGUCUUGCUGAGAAACGUGAUUCUGGCUUCACAGUCUUAGGACUAGGCAAAUUACUGUUGCUACUAUCUUAUUACGGCUCAUAAAAAAUAUUCUAACUCCAUUUGUAUUGCUGUACUCAGGCUUUGUUUUGCAGCAGGCAUGUCAUGGAUUAAAUGAAUUGCUGUACAUUCUUUUCCCGCAAUGGUCCCCAGGCCCACAAAGACCUAACAGAUCUUCAAAAUGACAAAGUGCCUGUAGGCCUGACAAAUUAUUUCCUUGCAGUGCUCCCUCACCAUGGAUAAUCUACUGUGCUCUGUACUGUGCAGUCAGUGUUAGUGAUAGCCAUUAGUAGCAUCUUUCACAUCUUCCAUGGUUUCAAUACCAAGAGAAGCAUCAUAGUGUUUAGUGAGAACUACUGGUGAUAGGUGGACUGGAUGAUCUUGUAGGUCCUUUCCAACCUUGGCAAUUCUAUGAUAUUACUUACUAGGUACCACAGUACUGCUGCAUUUGGUGGUAUGAAGAUAGUGGGCUUCAGUGGGAGAGAGAUCAGGUAGGUGGAGUUCUCUCCCCUCUCCUCCAAGAUCCCUUUCUCCUCCCAUUGCUUUAACUUUAAAUCUACAGACUUAAAAGGAGAAAGAAGCACAAUAGAAAUAUGUGAUACAGAUUGAAGCACAUGCGAAACUUCAUAGGUGUCAAGGAAUUAUAAAAAAAAUCAGUUAUUAUCACUUUGUUUCCCACACAUUUAAAAUCUCAGUACUGACUUGGGGCCUUUUGAACUCACUCAAGCUGUGCACAGGAAAAUAAGAAGAAGCACAGAAGAAACAGAAAUGCCUGGAAUGUGUGGAUGACAACUUCUUGACACAGGGAAUGAGGGAACAGACUAGAGAAGGUGCCCUUCUUGACGAGUUGUUUGUUAACAUGGAAGGUCUGACUUCUUCAAUGACCAACUUGGAAGUAUCCUGUGGAUUAGAGCACUGGAAUGUAGGGGGGCUCAAGAGUUGGUUGACAUUCAAGCACCACUUCUUCCAAUCUCAUGUUUGGUGCAUCCCUAAGAGAAAGAAAUCAGGCAAAGCUGGCAGGAGACCUGCAUGGAUUAGCAAGGAACUCAUGAAAAAAUCUCAAAUGGAAGAAGAAAAUCUAGGAAAUGUGGAAAAGAGGUCUGGCCACUUGGGAUGAAUAUAGGAAUUUUGUCAGAGCAUACAGGGAUGUGACAAGGAAAGCUAAUGCCCACCUGGAAUUAAAUCUGGUGAGGGAGGUCAGGGACAACAUGAAAGGCUUCUUAAAGUAUGUCAAUAGCAAAAAGAAGACUAGGGAAAAUGCCAGUCCACAGCUGAAUGAGGUGGGUACCCUGGUAACAGGACACUGAGAAGGCGGAGCUAAUGAAUGCCUUUUUUGCUUCAGUCUUUUCUGUUAAGACUGACCCUUGAGAAUCCCAGACCCUGGAGACUAGAGAGAGAGUCUGGGGAAAGGAAGACUUCCCCUUGGUUGAGGAGGACCUGGUCAGAGAUCAUCUAGGUAAACUCAACAUGCACAAAUUCAUGGACCCAGCAGGAUGCAAACAUGACAGCUGAAGGAGCUGGCAGAAGUGACUUCUGAACCACAUUCUAUCUAAUCUAUGAAAGGUCAUGGAAAAUGGAAGAGGUGCCUGUGGACUGGACGAAAGCCAGUCAGCCUCACCUCCACCCCAGUAAAGGUGAUGGAGCAGUUUACUCUGAACAUCAUCUCCAAACUAUUGGAAGAAAAGAAGGAUAUCAGUAUGCCAACAGUUUACAGGCAGGUUCGGCCUGGUUCCAUGACUAAUGAGGU